AUGGUUGAGGAUCCUAAUCUCUACUCUGUGUCUUCCCCACAGCAGCACUGUUUCAUACUGGAUGAACCAGAGUAUUGUCUACAGAAAAAGCCCUUCCUGGUGAUCAUGAUCACAGUGGCUCCGCACAACCGGGUCGCUCGCAAUGCAAUACGUGACACCUGGGCUGGAGAAACAACAGUACUGGGCAAAAGAGUGAGCCACUUCUUUCUGCUGGGUCAAUCUGAAGACCAGGACAAUUACCUCCAGGAUCAGCUGCUGCGUGAGAGCGUGGAACACCGGGAUCUGCUCCAGGGGGACUUCGUGGACACCUACCACAACCUCACCAUUAAAACCAUGCUCAUGCUGCAGUGGCUCGACUCGCGGUGCCCCGGCGCGUCCUACGCCAUGAAGACUGACUCAGACACCUUCAUCAAUGUUCGCAGCCUCAUGAAGGAGCUCCACAGGACUCCCAGACACGGGUACAUGACGGGAAACGUGGUGAGGAAGGCUCACGUUCAUCGAGACCCAAACUCCAAGUGGUUUAUGAGUUACAAUGAGUACUUCGAGUCCAUGUACCCACCGUAUGCGCUGGGACUCUGCUACGUGUUCUCCAUGGAUCUCCCUGGGAAGCUGGUUGUGGCCUCCUGGCAGGUGAAAGCCGUUUGGCUGGAAGAUGUUUAUCUCGGCAUGUGUAUGAGAUAUCUUGGAGUUGAUCUCACAGAUCCACCUGCACACUCUUUAUUUUUGACUUCAAAGAUGUUUCUAUUGCUAGAAGCUCCCUGGAAUCGUAUCAUUGCUGCAGAACUGGAAAGUCCUCAACAGCUUUUGGAUGUAUGGAGAAACUAUAAAAUGGGUAAUUAAAACCAUCAAUAUAGUUAUGCAAUGAGAGCUCACUCAAAUGAUAAAACUGAAGAUGAAGCAAAGGAAAAUAUGAGCGGCUUCUACCUCUAAUACCCAGGAGGUUUUGUUAUCUUUGGUGAGAAGUAAUUUGAUAUAGGGGAGUGGAAUUACCUUUUUUAUACGUUGGACAGAUUUGGUUUGGGAAAAUGUGUAUUUCCUGGAUUCAGCUGCUCUAUUCUACUCCGCAGGCCUCAGUCAGCACAGAUCAUAUUCAAUCUGAAUAAUUUAGCCUUUAUCGCUCUACAAGACAGAGCUGCCGUUUGUGUCUGUUUCUAUUUGCAAUCGCCUUUGAACCCCUUUCGAUAGCGCUUUGAGCUAACCCCCAUAUUACAGGCAUACUAAGGAUUAGUAUGGAGUCAAGUGUCUCCCUUUAAGCAGAUCACCUCCUUUUAUACGUUUCCAACCGACUAUCUCUGUCCCUACUGCUCUUGCCACUCUUCAAACAUUUGGUAAAAUAUCUGGGUACAAAUUGAACUUGAACAAAGUGAGAUAUUUCCUAUUAAAACAGCUUCUGGGAAGUAUCCUCUACACAACCUACGCUAUAGGACUGCAAUCCAUAGCUUCACGUAUCUUCAGAGUUCAUGUUACACACAACUUUGAAUACCUCUGCAAAGCUAACUUUGCCCCCUUGUUAUCUUGAGUGGAACAGAAGACUGUGACAGCUGAUCUGUGCUCAUCUAUCUUCAGCUGCUGGAGUCGGUUCUGAUAUAAUAAAUGAUGUUCUCCCAGGGUUCUACCUCUUGUUCCAGGGUAUACCUCUACUACUCCCUCAGACCUUCUUGCCUUGCAAAGACCUAGGCCAAUGUGAGAGUUGGCUUACCUGAUCUUAUGUUUAUAUACUGGCUUUAAUGUGAGGUCUUUGAUCGUCCUCUAACCUGGCUGGUUAUAUGGGCAGACUCUACCAAACCUGGAUCAAUAUAAAGGGGAGCAUAGGGCCAGUGUUGGAUCUGCUGUUAGUCUACACAGCGUGCCUGUACACAUGACUCACAUGGAGGUAUACUGCAAUGGUAAAGAGUAGGACUCAGCUCUACA